AUGCCGGGCAGCCAGCGCACAGAAAGCUCUGUGAGCGAUUUGGAAACUGCCAUUUCAGAUGAUGUCCAAGAAAAUGUCAAUGAGACAAAAGAAUUGCAGGAACCCCAGGAAGUCAAUACUGAGGUCGAGGCAGAAGAGCCGGAAACGGAGGGAGAUGGCCAGGAGGAUGGUGGCGAGUCUGUGAAUAAUUCAAAACAUGAGUCGGAACCCGAAUCUCACGACGAGUUCAUAGAUGCUUCCAGUGUCACUCUUUUGAGCAACGAAGCCAAGCAUGCUGAUGCUGAGCCGGAACUUGCUCCUGUUCAGGUGAAAGAAGACGAGCUCGAGGAGCAGCUGCCUACCCCCAUUGAAAAUGACCAGUCUAGUAUUUCCACAGCCAAAUCAGUCACAAUCGAAAAAACAGACAGUUCCGUCAAAGAUGAUCCACAGAGUUCCGCCUUGAUAGCAGAAGCCGGCAGCGUUUCCUCGGAGGUUCCAGCAGAAGAGCCUGUUGCUGAGAAGAAAUUGAUUCCUCCAGAGCUUCCUCCUCGUGAGCUUCCGGAGCCUGUGCAUCGCGAUGAAGAGCCUGUUGUGAUAGCUGCUGACGACAAUAUUCCACAAGAACAAAACGGGGAGGAGAGACAUAACUCGGACUAUUCAAUGAAGAGACCCGUCAAAACGCUGCGGAGAUGGUUUGCGUUCAACAUGAAGGGCUCGGAGGAGUCCAACGGCAACUUCAAUGAAAUCAUGAGCGAGCUUGCCGGCCCCCAGAAUCAGAGUCUGGCAUUCUCACGGUACUGGGAGAACGUUGAGGAUCUCAAUUCGCAGUCCACCAAAGACCGCGAGCUGCUGAGUCAGGGAGCUAAUGGGAUCAGGAGGACUUUCAACGAGAUCAAGACAGGAAUUGAGUACACUAACGACGACGAGCUGGUGAAGAGAAUCGACUGGGAAUUUUGGUCUGAGGUUAUCAAUGACUACAGUUCGGUUCUCGAAAACAAAUCAGCGGAGCUGAUUGAUAAUAUUACCAAAGGAAUACCGCGAGAGCUCCGCGGGAUGGUGUGGCAGGUGAUCUGUAAUUCCAAGUCUAUGGAGCUGGAGGAGUUCUUCCGUGCCAAUCGCAACUGUGAGAGCCAGUACCAGAAACUAAUCAAAAGAGAUCUGGCAAGAACGAGUUUUGUGACUAAUAGUGCUGUCAAAACGAAGAUCGUCGAUCUGUACGAGAUCAUCAAGGUCUACAGCAUAUAUGACAAGGAGGUCGGCUACACUCAGGGAAUGGCAUUUAUUACUGUUCCCUUGUUGAUGAAUAUGGAAGCCAGUGAGGCGUUCUGCAUGCUGGUGAAACUCAUGAACACAUACGACUUCAAGCAGCUAUUUGUGCCUCAAAUGCCCGGGCUUCACUUGAAACUGUACCAAUUCGACAGACUCAUGGAAGACAACCUGCCCGAGCUGUAUUUGCAUCUAAAACGAGAAGGCGUGAGGUCCUCGAUGUAUGCUACCCAGUGGUUCCUGACUGUUUUUGGCUACAAAUUCCCGCUGGAAAUGGUGUUGCGCAUAUAUGAUAUUGUCAUUGCCGAAGGCAUUGAGUCACUUCUCAAGUUUGCUAUCAACUUGAUGAUGAAAAAUCAAAAACAGCUAUUGGAACUGAGUUUCGAUGACUCGCUACCAUUUUUGAAAGACAAGCUAUUUUUCUACUACGUCGACAACAGCGGUGAUGAGAACGCACCACGAACGCUGACAGAUGGCUACUCAAACAGGGAAAUCUCUAUCGACACGUACAAACUCGAAGACUUUGUGGCCGACUCUAUGGCCAUCGAUAUUCUUCCUGUGAACUUGAAACGGUAUGAGGCAGAGUUCGUCGAAAUCCACAAGCUUGAAGGAGAGAUGGAAACCGAAAUAUCACAGCUCAAGACAAGAAAUGGCCAGCUUCUGCGGGACAUAAGGAACAUCGAGGCAGAAUAUGCUACACUCAAUCGCGAGCACGUAGAAAUCGCCAACGAAAUGGUACAGGGAAAGAUGGAAAUUGCUCAUUUGCAAGAUGAAAAUAGGCAACUGCAGGAACAGAUCGACGAGCUGACAGAGCGGCUUCGAAGGCUGGAGAAUCAAAACGAUACGAACGUCGACUUCACAGGCGAAAUUUCCAACAACAUGAAUAUGGAAAUUCAAAAGACCAUGGAAAGAAAUCUCGAGGUUAUGGAGGAAAAUCGGUUGUUGGAAGAGCAGCUUGCACUCGUAACGAAAGAGCUGGCGGACGCAAAGUCUGAGAUCAGCGAAGCAAAGGGCAAGUGGUUUAAGAAGGGUGGCUUUUGGUAA